UUAAAGAGACAACAGCAAGGAGGGAGACAGCAGAAGGAGAUGAAAUCAAGACAUUUUCCGUAAAAUCCCGCGAAAUGGGAAUUCACAUACAUUAAAAACACAUCUGAACAGAAGCGCGGUGGAAGGAACUCCAGCUGUACCUGUGCCGGGAGCAUCGGAACUCUGGGAAUGUCUGCCGCAGCGAGGAGCGACCCCCCGGAGGCGCCGAGGGUGGCGCGAGCGAGCUGCCGGCCGGCACGCGGGUGCCACUAGCGGGCCACUCGGUGCGUGCGUGUGCGGGAGUGUGUGCGUCUGGUCACCGCGCACCACCUGCGCAGUGUGUGCAGAAGCAUGUCUCUCUGACAGCGGACGCGGAGAAGCGCUAAACAGCAGAAAACUGCGUCUGUCGCAGGAGGAUCAGAAUAAAGGCACACUGAACAAAGAGCAGCUUCAUCCAGGAGCAACUGCCAUUGGCUGCGUCUGCUGCUGUUACUGCCAGUUUUAUUUCUGAAAGCGUUUAGUGCGUUGUCUGUCUGUGCACAGAAAGCCCCCCCCUCUCAGCUGCUGCCCCCACCCUCCGUGGCGGUGUUUUCGGCCCCCUGGUUUGCAUGGCAGCAGCGUAACCGUGGAGAGGCCAGGGUAUCACAAGCUUAUGGAUUUUGAUAAGAGAGGAGGGAAGGGGGCCGAGGAGGGCAGGAGGAUGUCCAGGGCGGCCGGGAGCAGGACAGCACACGGGAGCCGGAGCACAGGGACCAACUCUGGGGUGCUCAUGGUCGGCCCCAAUUUCCGUGUGGGAAAGAAGAUCGGCUGCGGCAACUUCGGGGAACUGCGGCUGGGGAAGAACCUGUACACCAACGAAUACGUGGCUAUCAAACUGGAGCCAAUCAAGUCCAGGGCACCCCAGCUGCACCUGGAGUACAGGUUCUACAAACAGCUGGGAAACUCAGAGGGCGUGCCUCAGGUGUACUACUUCGGGCCAUGUGGGAAGUACAACGCCAUGGUGCUGGAGCUGCUGGGGCCCAGCCUGGAGGACCUGUUCGACCUCUGCGACCGCACCUUCUCCCUCAAGACCGUCCUCAUGAUCGCGAUACAGCUGAUAACGCGGAUGGAGUAUGUUCACACCAAAAGCCUGAUAUACAGAGACGUCAAGCCAGAGAACUUCCUGGUGGGGCGGCCGGGGAGCAAGCGGCAGCACACGAUCCACAUCAUCGACUUCGGGCUGGCCAAAGAGUACAUCGACCCCGAGACCAAAAAACACAUCCCCUACCGGGAGCACAAGAGCCUGACGGGCACCGCGAGAUACAUGAGCAUCAACACACACCUGGGGAAAGAGCAAAGCCGCAGGGACGACCUGGAAGCGCUGGGUCACAUGUUUAUGUACUUCCUGCGCGGGAGCCUGCCGUGGCAGGGCCUGAAGGCGGACACACUGAAGGAGCGGUAUCAGAAAAUCGGAGAUACCAAACGAGCCACACCCAUCGAAGUGCUGUGUGAGAGCUUCCCAGAGGAGAUGGCCACUUACCUGCGCUACGUCAGGAGGCUGGACUUCUUUGAGAAACCUGAUUAUGACUACUUACGGAAGCUCUUCACCGACCUCUUCGACCGCAACGGCUACGUCUUUGACUACGAGUAUGACUGGGUUGGGAAGCCGCUGCCCACCCCCAUCGGCCCCAUCCCCACCGACACCCCCCAGCAGCCCAGCAGCAGAGACAAAGCGCAGCAGACCAAAAACCAGAUCAUGAACUCCACCAACGGGGAGCUGAACACAGACGACCCCACGGCCGGCCACUCCAACGCCCCCAUCACCGCGCCCGCCGAGGUGGAAGUGGCCGAUGAUACCAAGUGCUGCUGCUUCUUCAAGAGGAGGAAGAGGAAAGCGCUGCAGCGACACAAGUGAGGGCCAGCAGGGGGAGCCGUCGCGCUUCACUGGACGCCAGCGCAAAGUGGCCGUGGCUCUGUUUCACAGCGCCCUCUGCUGGCGAGCAAAGGAAGCUCUUUAACUCAGCAGUGAGGUGGACGCUCCGGCAGACUGUAGUUCCCUUUCUGAAGAUACACACGUGUAAAUGAUUACAGUAACAAAGAAACAGCAAACGUGUCCUGAGACUGUGAAAAGAAGAGACUGUUUCAAACAGCUGUUGUAUCCUAGACUCCACAGAGAACAUUAUCUGUGCCACAGCCAUUGCUUUGAGGAAAGAAUGCACCUACUGGUUCAGUGAGAGAGGCGUGUUCGGGUCGCAUGGACCUUAUUGGUGGGAUCACAGGCAGCGGCCAGAAGGAAACUCCUGAGAACGAGAGGAAUCUCACCCACACUAGACGUGGAGGGUUUUUAUUUUCCUUUUUGUAAUUUAAAUUGGAAGUUGUUUUCAAGGUCAGCUGUCCCUGAGCAGAAAACAGACCUUUUACUUUCAUGUCGUAGUGUUCCGGAAUUCUAUUUUUUAAUUUCUUUUCUGUUGUUGUUGUUUUUUUCAGUUUAUUUUUCUGUCGAUGUGGACUUUGUAGCGCAGUCACUGGCCUCAGGUAGUGUGGAAGAGUGAGAGAAACACCCAUAUUCAUCUCUCAUCUUUAAAUUGCACUUUUGGGAAAAAGAAAACGACAGUAUGGAAUUCUGGGCUUGAAAUUAACAAGAGAAUAAAAAUAAAGACUGAUCCAGGAAGACUCCUACACCAGACUGCUGUGUGUGGCAGAGGCAGAAUGCUGUCCACUGAAACGAGUCUCCAUUUUAGCCUCACAGUAGAAUAAUUUACCAGGAGUUUGUGCCUUUCCAAGUAAAAUGUUUCAAGAUAAAGUGUCCCGUUAUGAAAUUCAUCGCAAAAGCUGUUUUUACACUGAAGUCAGGG